GAUAUUUGUAAUUGCAACAAACUUAGCAGACAUCAUUCAGCGCGUUGCACCAGUUCACCAGUUGGUUUUCUCGCAAGCACCACGUUUACACACCUUUUGCAAAAAUGGCCGUGAACAUGGUCCUGUCCAGCAGUAAGGUCAUGAGCUGCGGCAAGGUUGGGCAGCGUCGUGUGUCGACCGCUUCGCCGCUCGCCGUUGUCCGCCGGGGCGCCGCGCGCGUCAACGCGGCCCGGCCGCUGUCCCGCCCGCCCGCCGCCACGCCCACCCCCGCCGUGCCCAGCCAGUUCGUGGCGGGCGGCGACGGCGACCCGGUCAUGGCGGCCUUCCAGCAGCAGCAGGCGCACGCGCCGCGCCCCUCCGCCGCCGAGGAGGCGCGCACAGUGCUGGACCAGGGCACGCACGGCGUGCUUUGCACGCUGAGCUCCGCGGACGACACCAAGGGCUUCCCAGCCAGCAGUGUGGUGGAGUUUGCGUGCGACGGCAGCGGGCGCCCCUUCUUCUCGACCUCCACGCUGUCGGCGCACACGCAGGACAUGGUCGCGGACGGCCGCGUCAGCCUCACCGUCAAGUCGCCCAACUUCCAGGGCAUGGACUGCGGGCGGCUGACGCUGCAGGGUGUGGUGGAGCCGGUGCCGGAGGCUGACAAGGCGCGGCUGCGCGAGAUCUUCCUCAAGAAGUACCCAUCGGCCUUCUAUGUUGACUUUGGUGACUUCAAGUGGUUCCGGAUGACCACCAUCAAGGCCGCGCGCUUUAACGGCGGCUUCGGCCGGGCGCCCAAGCUGACGGUGGACGAGUACCUGGCCGCCAAGCCCGACCCCGUCUACCCCUUCUCCCGCCCCGUGUGCGGCCACAUGAACGCCGACCACCUCGAGGACGGCAAGGCCAUGAUCAAGCACUACUGCGGCAUUGACGUGGACGCCUUCACCAUGCUGGACCUGGACCGCCUGGGCAUCAACUGCUCCGUCAAGCGCAACGGCGAGACCUUCAAGCUGCGCCUGCCGUUCCCCCACCCCGUGGAGGACCGCAAGGCGAUCAAGGACGCCAUUGUGGAGAUGACGAAGAAGGCCAAGGGCGCCGCGGCCAUGAACGCACGCACGCCCGGCGGCACCAUCUAAGCAGUGCUGGUCUUGUGGGCAGCUGGCGGGGGUGUUGCCGAGGUAGUGGUGGGGCGGUAGGGCUGAGGCGCCGGAUGGGCGUGCGCUCGGAUGGAGCGCCGUUCGGACGUGUGGGCGAGUGUGAGGCGCGGGCCGCGCGGUGUUGAUGGUAUGGUGCAGCGGUGCGGCCGUGCGGGGUAUUGGCUUGCAGUGUAUGGCAUCGGCGAGGUGCGCGGGUAGAUGGUUAAAUACAGACGCAAACGGCAAGCCGCCUGAGCCGGACUUGCCAAGUUUUGGAGGGGGAGUAGCGGAGCAAGCACAUGUGUUGCGAUGCGAGGAGCCACCAAGUCCUCCGGAUGCUCUCAACAGCGCUGUGAUGCGCUGCGACCUACGGAUUCGAUGUAAGGAUUCACUAAA